UGGACAGCGAACUGCCUCGCUUUGGGACAACAGCGUUGUUGCACAUGCGCAGAGUAUUCUAAAAAGACCGCGGUUGAGGAAAAAAAGUUCGUCCUCGGCCGAUAAGAUGAGAGAUUUAGGAGUGAAGGAUGCUAUUAUAAUAAAGCAGCUGGAUGCAGGCCUCAGGUGUGCUUGGAACAUGGCCUGGCUUAAUCUGGAAUAUCAUGUGGAGGUGAAGGGAAAAGACAGGGCAUUCCUGAUAUCAGAUGUGUUUAGGAAGAUAGAUAAAGCAGGUCAUGCAAGGUGCAUUCUGUGCCACAAAGAAAUAAAUUAUGGAAACAAAGGGAGCCAUGCUUUGUUGGCACAUUGUAAAACAGAGAUCCACAAAAAGAAAGCUUGUGACCUGUCAGGCACUCAUAGUAUAGGCAGCUUUCUGUCCAGUGAAGCAGGGCCAUCUACAUCAGCUCCAAACCAGGGACCAGAGAACAUCAGACAGCAGUGCCAGGCAAAGCUUCCAACUCCCAUAGCAAAUCGUAUAGCAAAUUCAGAGGCCAUGGUUCUUAGAGUGCUAGCAGAGCGCUCUCUUCCCUUCUCUAUUGCACCAGUGAUUGUGGAGCUUGCUCAAACCCUUGCUCUGGACAAAGAGGCUUUGCAGGGGAUGAAGCUUUCUAGGACCGCAGCAGCUUACAAGAUGGUCCAUGGACUUGGGCGGACCUACUCCGACAGAACUUUGUCCUACAUGAGGAGUAGACCUUUUUCGUUAAAUAUAGAUGAAAGCACAACAAACAACAACAAAAAGGUGCUGUCCAUGCUUGUGAGCUACUACCACGAUGGCCUGAAGAAAGUUGUUGUCGAGCAUUUGGGAACAUUGGAGAUCUUAAAAGGUACUGCUGCCAGCUUGGAGAGAGAGCUCUGUCAGUUCUUUGACCAGAACAAAAUUCCAUGGAGAAAUCUGGUAAGCAUCUUGAUGGAUUCAUGUGCCGUCAUGAGAGGAAGCAAGACUGGCUUGGAGACAAGAAUCCACCAGCACUGUCCAGGCCUUCUCGACAUCGAUGGGGACUCCUGUCACCACAUGCACAAUUGUGCAAAGAAGUUUGCACAGCCGUUUGAAUGUCACCUGGAGCAGCUAUUCAGUGAUCUUCAGAUGGACCACCAGUGGUGCCCAGAUCAGGUGCAGUACUUUAAAGAGCUAUGCCUUUUGAUGAACAUUCCUGACUCCAGUCCUCAGAGGGGGUUUGUAAACCAUCGCUGGCUCUCAGCGUAUGAUGCCAGCAUGUGCACUUUCAGCAUGCUACCAGCUUAUAAAGUCCUUUACUAUGGGUACUUAAGCGUGGAGGACCAGGAACUGUACCAAGAGCACCUGGAAGCCUUAUAUACCCAAUACAGUGUGAGUCAGGCAGGAAAAAGCAGGAUCAGGUGGAUACAUGAAGACCUCAAGAGGAAAGGUAUGACCCAGCAGGGCAAAGAUCGUAAGAAGAGGGUCUGCCAAAAAAUCUGGCAUCAGGAGACAAUCACAAAGCUGCAGCUCAGUGUUUACAUUGGUGUCCUGGCCAUUUUUAAGGAGUAUGUCAUGGUUUUCCUGGGAAGUGACACAUUGAUACACAAGCUUCAUGAAAAACAGCUUGAGCUGUUCAUGUCCUUCUUGGCCUGCUUUGUUAAGGGGGAGUACUUCACAGCAUUGUCACCCAGGGGUCUUGUUAAUCUGGUCUUGGAGGACCACAUGAUUUUGCCUGCAAAAGAGAUCUAUGUUGGACAGGAUGCAGACACAUUGAGGUCAAAGACUCCAAAUCAUGCUUUGCUGAAGCCAUUUAUGGAGAAGCUACAGACCGCUUACACAACCACUGCUGCAUAUAUGCAGGCAAAGCUUCCCUUGGACAGCCAGACCCUGAAGGCCCUCUCUGCUCUCGACCCACUUUUGAGAGGCCAUUCUCAAGGACCCAUCCAACUGAAGAGACUGAGUGGAAUGUUGAAUCACCUCCUUCCGACAGGCUGUGAUGUCCACCAAGAAAUCCUGAAGUUCAGUGUUGAUCUGGCGUUGCCUGUCUUCAAGGAGGGAGAUUGCUUCGUGGAGUGGUGGGAUCAUGUUUUUCAGAAGGAAAAAUAUCAGGCCCUCACUGCACUGGUGAAAAGUGCUCUGUCCAUCUUCCAUGGCCCCAGGGUGGAGUCAGCCUUCAGUCAAAUGAAUGAAGUGAUUGACAGCAAAAGUGGCUAUAUGAACAUUUCGACCUGCAAUGCCAUUCAAACUGUAAAAUACAACCACCUGGCUAGAGGGAAAUCUGCCGUGGAAUUGUUCAGAAGGGAUAAUGUGCGUUAUGGAGAGGUGGACCGGGUUUUGUGCAAAAACAUCCGGACAGCUGGAACAACCGACAAAUGCCAGCGACAACAGCGUUUGAAGAAGGCUGAAUGUGGAGUGCUGCAAAGUGCGACAGCAAGUAAAGCCGAGAUGGCUGACAAGGAGAAGCAGGCCAGGCUGAGGCACGCAGCUAAGCACAGGAAGAGGGCCUGUGAGAUUUUAGUGCAGGCCAAAAAGAAAAAGAAAUGAACUUUGUUCUCAAUACUGUUAAUGCCUAUGAUAUUGUUUUUUUGUCUACAGUUGUCCAAUAAAGACUUGUAGAUGUUAAAUUAUUAUGUACUGUGUUUAAUUCUAGAUGUCGCUGGUUGCACUAUGAAAUGCACUUUUCCGUGCAUGCCG